AUGGAUCUCGAGUGUUCUCAUCUCGUUCUUGGCCUCGGUUGUAACAAGAGUACUACAAGUAAUACAAUCAUUUUCUACCUGACUCUCGGCAUCGCUUUUCUCCUCUCCACAUUCACUCUAGCGUUCAUUCUCGGUCAUCAUCGCCUUCGCAAACGACGAUUCAUCUUCCAGUUCAACAUCAUCUUGGCAGACCUAGUUAGUCUCAUCUGCCGUCUUGUAGCAAUCUUUCGAGGGCGGAACUUUCCAGCGAAUAUCAUACGCGCUUUCUUGAUGACGCCCCUGGUCGUUUCCACGAUCAACAUCCUCUUCGUAGCUUUGUAUCAGCUCAUCACCAUCCGCGUAGACCCCUUUGGGGUGAAGAACAUCAUCACCACGGCGAGAUGCUUCGUCGCUGCCGUCGCAUCAUGGGUGGUCUGCGCCUGCGUUAUGUUUCCCAUUGGCUAUUUGGACAAGACCGACGGGGUUAAUGGAGAGCUAGCCGUCUUCAUCUUGACGCUUCUCGUGUUCCUUCUCACCGGGGUAUGUCUGAGUCUGAUUUAUGGCGUGGUAGCCAAAAUGCAAUGCGAUAAUGUUCAGAUGGAGGAAAGGAAGGAAGACACCAAGCGAGUCCUGCGCACCUUUGCUAUUGUCUACUGCACCUCUUUGAUCGCUGGCACCAUGACACGUGCUCUAUCUCUUAAGCUUUACGUGACGAAGACUUUUUUUGUACUCGAGGCGUUCUUCAAUGGCCCAUGUUUCAUAUUUUUGGUAACACUGGUAACUGCUUUUAACUGGAUAGCGAACUGUGUGGUUUAUUUGUGGAGGCUGAAAGAAUUUCGUUCGAUUGUGUUUUCUUGUAGUCGAAACAGGAGGGUGGAGGCUGUCUACUGA